GGCGCAGGUGGGCGGGGCUUUAUCUCAGAACAGCGCAGGCGCAGCAGCAGCAGCAGCAUCUUAAAGCUCAGCAGCAUCUCUCACCACUGCGCAGCAUCACGGGCGACAAACACCAGCACUCCAACCUCCCCCAGCCACAACGCAGCAUGAAUUCAAAUUCGUAGAAAUUUUAAUCAUGAAUUAUCGAGGUCGCGACAAUUAAUUAAACGACUCUUCUGUCUACUGUUCUGUCGUUUGGUACUUGUAUUUUUUUCCCUCUGGACCGCACGCGACGCGCCCCAAAGCCCUCAAAAUGGCCGAGAUCACCGAAAUACGAGCAGCGUACGAUAUGUCCCCAGUUCUUGCGGGCUUCAUCGGCGCCGGCGUACUGGUGGUUGCAGUGGUGGCCUUAAUCUUCGUUUGGACAUGCUGCCAAAAACGCUACCACAGGAUGAGCCACAAGCUCCAUGGUGUCCAGACAGAGUGUGGUGACCCAUUGACAGACCCGCCUUACAAAUUCAUCCACAUGCUGAAGGGCAUGAGCAUCUACCCAGAGGCGCUGACCAGCAGCAAGAGAAUCGUGCAACUAGUGCGUCGAGCCGGCAGCAACAGCAGUGAUGUUGAGCGAGAGGGCAAGGGGUGUCCUGUAGUGCUGGUGGACGUGGGUGCCGAGAAAAGUCCAUUGGUGACACCUCAGUUUGAGGUAGGUGGUUUAGAUGAGAGCGCUCACCCAACUCCACGACUAGAGAGGGAACUUCCUGUUCGUGCAGACUACAGCUGCCUGGAGAACAGCUCAAGCAGCGGCAGCCAAAGCUCAAGCACCACGGCAUCCAACAGCGCCACUCCCUUCACUGAUGAGGCCGAUCGUGGAACCCUCAGCCUCUCCAUCGACUACAAUUUCCCCAAGAAGGCACUGGUGGUGACUGUACUGGAGGCACGAGGGUUACGUGCUGUAGAUAGCCAAGCAGGCAGUGCUGACCCUUACAUCAAGAUGACCAUCUUGCCUGAAAAGAAGCACAGAGUGAAGACCCGGGUCCUGCGCAAGACACUUGAGCCUGCCUUUGAUGAGACGUUCACAUUUUAUGGUGUGCCAUACAGCUCACUGUCAGAGCUCACACUGCACUUCCUCGUGCUGAGCUUCGACCGCUUUGCUCGCGAUGAUGUGAUCGGUGAGGCGUUGGUGCCACUGGCUGGUGUGGAGCUCAGCACAGGCAAAGUGCAAAUCACACAGCCAAUCAGCAAGAGAAGCGUUCAGUGUGUGAGCCGUGGGGAGCUGCUGGUGUCUCUUUCAUAUCAGCCUGUCUCUCAUAGACUCAGUGUGGUAGUCCUGAAAGCUAGACACCUUCCCAAACUGGACAUCACUGGCCUGGCUGGAAACCCGUAUGUGAAAGUGAAUGUGUUCUAUAACCGCAAGCGCAUUGCCAAGAAGAAGACUCAUGUGAAGAAGUGCACACUGAAUCCAGUCUUCAACGAGUCCUUCAUCUACGAUGUGCCCGCUGACCUGCUGCCCGACAUCUCUAUCGAAUUUCUAGUUAUGGACUUUGACCGCACUACUAAGAACCAGGCCGUGGGACGUCUGGUACUGGGAACACACAGUCCCUGCCCCUCUGGUGCCACCCACUGGCAGGAGGUCUGCCAAAAUCCACGCCGGCAAAUCUCCAAGUGGCACAGCCUUGUCGAGUAUUGAGGUUUCUCCUGUCUGUUCUGCACACACGUAAACAAAUACACACAGACACACACACAGCACACACAGACACACCCACAAACAUACAGAUACACACAUAUGCAGUACACAAUAAUGAUAUACACAAAUACAUGAGGGACACCUCAAGGCCCUAAGAGAGACGUCUGGCCUUAUCUGUCUUUAAAAAAUAAGACUAAAGGAAGACAAUGAAUUAGAGCACUUCACAUGGACUUAUGAAAAAUACAAUGAACUUUUGCAACAGCUACGUAGUGAAAGUUCUCAAAUAAUCCUUUCUAAACAGCACUGUUUUAGCCAUCAGUGACACACAAUCUCUUACACAAAUACACAUACACAAACACACUGACCAGUAGUAACUUAAGAGACCAAAAUAUUGCUAUGUACACAAUUUUGAGACUGUUACAAGUACACUCUUCUGAACUUAGCAUUGAUUGUAUGUUUAAAUUAAGGUGUAACAUGUCUGCCUUCACAGACCUCACUACACUGCUGUAGUUCACUGUACCGCAUGUCUGAAUAACACAAGAUUUACUAUAAAAAUUCAAGAAACCAAGCAAGCAGCAGUCAGUGCUGAGAAGUGACAAGAUGUAUCAAAAGCGUGACUGUACUACUGACUGCUGUCCUUACAAUUUGGAGAUAACAUGUGUUAAACACCAUUUUUUCCUUAUUGUCCAUGCACCGUCCAGGUAGUACGUGCUUCAGUGUGAGGCUACAUUAGAAAAUAUGAAGCCAGUCCACAUCAAUCAAACUUACUUUGAAUGUUACUACAUCUGUAAGAUCACACAUGCUCCAUGUAGCCACUUUUAUAAUUUUCUCUCAGUCUUUCUAUACUAUCUCUUAAUGUCACUGUAAAUACUGUACAAAAUGUAAAGGGGCACUGGUGUGUAUUUAAUAGGUAUUGUACUAUAUGCACUGAAUGCCAGUGGCAUGAUUGUUUUUGAUAUGGUGUGGUGUGUUUCCUAAAAACCUUGGAGUCUGUAACAGGUCUGUUAGAUCUAAUUAUACUGGGUUAGUACACUGUAAAGAUGAAGUCUGCCUUCCUACAGUGAGUUGUACAAGGUACUGAACAUUAUAUUUUGGCUUUUUUGAUCUCUGACCUCCCAGGCUGGUGUGCAUUGCUUAUCGCAGCAGACUCAAUUGAUACCUGUCUGAUUGUGGUACUGCUGUACACUGCACAUACACUUGUCCGACCAUACAGCAUACACAGUCCCUCUACCCUUCCUCCAAGCUCACGAUUAUAUUCACAGUCCUUUAGACAUCUCUUGCACUGGCUACCUUGGCUGGCAUUUUUAUGGGGUCAUAGGAACCGGUAGAAUAGUAAAAGGAAAAUGGCAUUUGAUUGUACAUGAUUUAAGGGUUCUUAUUACACAAAUUAAACACUUCCUCUGCUGUAGUCUCAGUAACAGUCCAGUGCAACAGUAAGUGAAAAAAGUGUUUUUUUUAAACGAGUAUUACUGAGUCAAAUGGGGGAAACAAAAAUCAAAAUAUUAGACAGCAACCAGAAGGUGUAACGAUUAUAAUUAAGUUAGUGAGAAAACAUUAAUUGGAGGGACCUUUGUGUUGAAAUAAAAAAAAUAAAUAAAUAACUUUACUUACAUUGCUGAAUGUUCAAUGACAUUUAAUAUAACACAUAUAACACAUUAACAUGUAUGUUGGUGUUCUUAAACACACUGAAUGUGUAAAUUAAAUGUGGUACAAAAAAUGAAA